UGUUAGAGCAGGUUAUUUGAUUGGAGAGGUGAGAGUGUGAGAAAUGAAAGAAGUGAAGUAAGCAAUACAGCACCACACAGACAGACACAGUCACCAAUCAGAGCUGAUGAAGAAGUGAUGGCUGAUGAUGAAUACUGACUCUCUAUUGAUUGAUGGGAAACCAAGAAAAAGAAAACUACUCUCUUCUCUUUCCCCACACCAGUUGAGAAUUCAUUCACACACAUACUACACUACUCUUCUUCUUCUUCUUGGCUCUCCACCAUGGACUUCGACUUCAGAGCUUCCACUAUUCAUUCCGCCAACCACCUCUCUUCUCUCCACGCUGCCCGCCUUCACUCUGAAAAGUUUUCAGUGUUCAGUUACGGAGACGAUGAUGAUGAUGACGCUCAGUCUCUUUUUCGAUGUCCUAGCUGUGAUUUUGAGAUUGAAGUUUCUGUGCUCCGUACCCGUUUGCAAGAGGUGCAUUGCUUUGACCCAAAGAAUAAGGUUUGUCCUGUUUGUGACGAAAAGAUAGGGGAGGAUGCAGUUGGGAUCCCUCAGCAUUCCAACUCACGAAAGAGGACUAUGAGGUUUGAGAAAUCUAGCAUCUCCUCUGGCGAUUUGGGAAUGAUUGACCACAAACUUGCUUCCUGGGGAAACAAACAUUAUCCCGUGUCUGAUCCACCUUUGUCGCCGUUUUUCUCUAAGUCAUCUGUUCCAAGCCCCAGUAGUAUCAUUUCAGAUGAAGAUUCUAUCAGCACUGCCUCAGACGUUUCCAAUGUAAAAAGCUUAGGGACGGAGACACUGGAUUCGGAUGCGGGUGAUGAACAGGAUCACGAGGAGAGAAGCCAGAGAGCAUCCUUUGUCCAAGACUUGGUGUUCUCAACUCUGGUUUAGGAAAUAUGCUUGUAGGAGUUAGACACAGUCAUGCAUUGCUAGCACCUGUUUACAUUUUCAGGUAGCCUAGAUGCUCGUAGAAACAGGCUCUGGGCUUUGUUGUAGUGCAUGAGUUUAGAAUUACUAGACUAAGCUUUGGAUAGUCUUAAUGCUAGUAAAAUUGAUGGUUGCCUCGCUUUGCAGCCAUGUUUCAUUAAACUAUUUAUUAUACAUUUUAUAUCUAUAUAGAUGUUGAUGUUUUGAAUUGCUCUAUUA